AUGACCCUUAAAUACGACCCUGAGUUUCAGGCCGUCCACGAGACAUUUGCAAAAAUGUUCAAGCUUGAACCUCUAUCUUUAGAUGAUAUCGAGGGCUCUGCUAGACGACGUGAAGCGUCCAUGGAAGCCUUCAUUCCCAAACCGGUGGUUCAUCCGGGCGUGGAGCAAACCACUCACCCAAUCGAUACUUCCGACGGCCAUACUAUUACAGCCCUCAGCUUUAGAAAAAGGGGCUCCCAAUCAAGCCCAGGACCAGCUCUUCUUCAUUUUCACGGAGGAGGCAUGAUAAUGGGCUCAGCGGAAUCUGGAGCAAAGAUAUUGUCAGAACUAGUCAUGGAAACUUCUAUCCCUGUCUUCAGUGUCAAUUAUCGGCUUGCUCCUAAAUUCAAGGGCCCCAUCCCUGCUCAAGAUGGCUAUACUGCCUUGACUUGGCUACGGAAUAACGCAGAUGAGUUCAACGUGGACCCGGCAAGAAUCGCCCUCCUUGGGUACAGCGGAGGUGGAGGUGUUGCUGCAGGCGUCGGUUUGAUUGCUCGUGACCGAAACCUACAGCCUCCUCUAGCCAAGCAAAUUCUGAUCUACCCGAUGCUCGACGACCGCAAUCUGGUAGAGAAUGAGGGUCUGAGGCCCUUCGCUACCUGGACGUGGGCAGAGAAUAAAGUAGGGUGGACGGGACUUCUUGGAGACCAAGCAGGAAAACCAGAUGCCCCUGUCUCGCAAUACACGGCUCCGGCUCGGGCAAUAAGUACAGCUAAUUUACCACCAACCUAUCUCGAUACCGGAGACCUUGAUAUAUUCCGCGAUGAGGUCAUCACGUAUGCUGCGAGACUGCUUGCGCAAAACGUUCCUGUUGAGCUGCAUGUUUAUCCCGGCGUGCCUCAUGCGUUUGAGUUGAUCGCGCCUAAUAUCGAAGUUUCGAAAAGGGCUGUUGAGAACAGGCGGAGAGCCAUGAUAGACUUUUAA